UCGAUCCCUUCUUUUCUGCCCUCAUCCAUUUCCUGUUUCUAACAGAUUUUCCGACCCGAAACUUGGAUCCGACGACCCUUUUCCUUUGAUCUAGGGCUCCAUUUUCCCUUCUUCUUCACAUCGCCCUUUGUUUUGGUGAACUGGAAUCCCAGCUCCGGUUCUUAGAUCCGGUUUACUCCUGUUUUGGGCUUCAGAUCCGGGCCACAAACAGAAGGGAUCGGGUUACGUCUCUUUUACUUCAUUUCUUUUGGAAUCAGGUUGGUGAAGAGUAAAUGGCAUCAGGUGAGGGAUUUCUUACUGAUGAACAAAGGGAAGUGUUGAAAAUAGCGAGUCAAAAUGCGGAGACUCCUUUACCAUCUCCUAGAUUGUCAUCAUCACCGAAAUCCCCUACUUCUUUGCUUUCCGAUCACCACUUAAAGGAUCCUGCUGGUGGUAAGGCACCAACUUGUGGUGUUGGAGUGAGGCAUGUUCGUCGGUCUCACUCAGGGAAGUUUGUCCGUGUAAAGAAAGAUGGUGCUGGUGGAAAGGGAACAUGGGGGAAACUGCUUGAUACUGACAGGGAAUCACAUAUAGAUCGAAAUGAUCCUAACUAUGACAGUGGAGAGGAACCAUAUCAACUUGUUGGUUCAACUAUUUCUGACCCUCUAGAUGAGUACAAAAAAGCAGUUGUCUCGAUAAUAGAAGAAUAUUUUAGCACUAGCGAUGUGGAAUUGGCAGCAUCCGACCUCAAAGAUCUUGGCUCAAGUGAAUUUCAUCCUUAUUUUAUUAAGAGGCUUGUCUCCAUUGCCAUGGACAGGCAUGAUAAAGAGAAGGAAAUGGCCUCGGUUUUGCUUUCUUCAUUAUAUGCUGAUGUCAUCAGCCCAAACCAGAUUAGGGAUGGUUUUGUUAUGCUUCUCGAUGCUGCGGAUGACCUUGCUGUGGACAUACUGGAUGCAGUCAAUAUCCUUGCUCUGUUCGUAGCUCGUGCUGUGGUUGAUGAGAUACUGCCUCCAGCAUUCCUCACAAGGGCAAAGAAGACACUUCCUGAAUCUUCCAAGGGAUAUCAGGUUCUUCAAACUGCGGAGAAGAGCUAUCUCUCGGCACCCCACCAUGCUGAACUUUUAGAGAGGAGGUGGGGCGGUAGCAUUCAUGUCACAGUUGAGGAAAUGAAGAAAAAGAUUGCUGAUCUUUUAAGGGAGUAUGUGGAGAGUGGUGACACAUUUGAGGCCUGUAGAUGUAUAAGGGAAUUAGGUGUUUCGUUCUUUCAUCAUGAGGUUGUUAAGAGGGCUUUGGUUCUUGCCAUGGAAAUUCAAGCAGCGGAACUGCUAAUGCUGAAACUCCUAAAGGAAGCAGCUGAGGAAGGGUUGAUAAGUUCGAGUCAAAUGGUGAAAGGGUUUGCUCGGUUAGCAGAGAGUCUUGAUGAUCUUGCCCUUGACAUACCAUCUGCGAAAACCUUGUUUCAAUCCAUUGUCCCAAAAGCUAUAUCUGAAGGAUGGCUUGAUGCAUCAUUCACAAAGUCCUCAUGUGAAGAUGGAGAGGGUCAAAGUGAAGAAAAAAGAUUGAGACGGUACAAGGAGGAGGUUGUAACUAUAAUUCAUGAGUAUUUUCUCUCAGAUGAUAUUCCGGAACUCAUCCGGAGUCUUGAAGAUCUAGGGUUGCCUGAAUUUAAUCCUAUUUUCUUGAAGAAGCUUGUCACUCUUGCCCUAGAUAGGAAGAACAGGGAGAAAGAAAUGGCGUCGGUUUUGCUCUCUGCUCUUCACAUUGAAAUCUUUUCAACCGAAGAUAUAGUGAAUGGGUUUGUCAUGCUUCUGGAGUCUGCAGAAGACACGGCCUUGGAUAUUUUGGAUGCUUCGACUGAGCUUGCUCUCUUCUUGGCGAGGGCUGUUAUCGAUGAUGUGUUAGCCCCGUUGAAUCUUGAUGAGAUAGCAAGCAAGUUGUCACCAAAUUGCAGUGGAAGUGAGACUAUCCGCAUGGCACGAUCACUUAUAACCGCACGCCAUGCUGGUGAGCGGCUCCUCAGAUGCUGGGGAGGUGGAACUGGCUGGGCUGUAGAAGAUGCAAAGGACAAGAUAAUGAAGCUCCUUGAGGAAUACGAAAGUGGAGGUGUUGUAGCUGAAGCUUGCCAAUGUAUCCGUGACCUUGGAAUGCCAUUCUUUAACCACGAAGUGGUUAAAAAAGCACUAGUGAUGGCCAUGGAGAAGAAAAACGAUAGGAUGCUGAAUCUGUUACAGGUAUGUUUCGACGAAGGGCUAAUUACCAUUAAUCAAAUGAGCAAAGGCUUCACCCGAGUAAAGGACGGCCUUGAUGAUCUAGCUCUUGAUAUUCCAAAUGCAAAAGAUAAAUUCAGUUUCUAUAUGGAGUAUGCCCAGAAGAAAGGGUGGCUUCUUACAUCCUUCGGGUCAUCUGCAAUGGAAGCUCCACCAAUCGCCACAGCCUCCUGAGAUAUUGAUGUGUUUCUGUCUAUACAGUUUCUCGCGCAUGCUGUUGCUGUUCUGGUACUCUCCAUGCUCAUAGCCGUCUUCAAGUUUGAAUUCCUCAUGUUUUUUCUUUUAAUUCCUUUUUCAGUGGUCAUCCGAUGGGAGAUUCACACAUCCCAGCUAGCCAUUGUAUAAAGUUGGUUCUUUCCGUCUGCUAUAUCGAAAUAGCUUUAGGUUCGUAUUCUAAACAGUGUAGCAUGUUGGUUAGGAAAUGAUAUGAUAUGAUAUGCGUGCUGGUACUUACCAUCAUAUUAUGAUGGCAUAUGAUGGUCAGGAUGAUGGUUGUAUACUUCCAAAAAGGAUCCAUAUUAAUGUAAUGCUCCCAUAUUAAAUCUUUUAAUUGAGAAAGUAAAAAAAAAAAAGUGUUGGGGACGA